AUGGCGGAAGAGCUCACCAGCGUUACUAAUUCAUUAGGAGAAUUGUGGGUAGCUGAUAGGAAUAUUGAGUUGUCUGGCUCCGACCCGAAUCGCGCGAACUCAAAUCAGAUAGCACUCGUGGCAUCAAUUCAGGCGUUGAUACAAUUUGCAAAAGCGAUGGUAACAAAUGCGCACCGACUCGAGUCCUCGGCUGCAAGUACACCUAAUGGGGGAGGCUGGGAGGUAGCGCAACUAAGCUCUCUGAGAACGGGAGCUACUGCUCUUGCAAGGAUCACAAAGACGUUCAACGAUGCAGUUGAACGCUACAUUGUAGCUUUUGUUACGUCGUUUGCUCGUCCGGGGACACUGGUGCAAACAUUAUUGUCGCAUUUCGAUUGUGAACUGAUGAGCAUUGCUCGGGAUGUUCUCAAUUGCACCAACGAUGACAGCAACGUUCUACGAAAGUUUCUAGAAAUGUGCUAUGACCAAGCUCUUCACACUUCUGGUACCAUACACCCCGAUAGAUACUUCGUUUCCCUGGGCGAAGCCAGUCUCGGAUGGCCGUUCGACUCCGACUACGAGAGCGAACAAUACUACGAGCAUGAAAAUCGCUUAGACAGCGACCCUGGCUACGCCGAAAACUUUCGCAGGCGAUGCCGCAUGGAAAGCGAGCGCAAAUUCGAAAAUAGAAAGCGACAGGAGGAGGAAUGGAUCGGAUUUUGGGUCCAGGCGUUGAGGGAAUGUCCCAAUGGGCCCACACUAUGA